AUGGCAACGACACCAGGUUACAAUAUUGGUGCAUUUCACGAGUAUUCCAAGAUCCUCCAUUACGCCACCUACCAGCCUUCCGAUGUUGGCUCCUUCACGGUCAACAAUGAGGGCGACUUUGACAACUGUGACAAAGCUAACUUUCCAAGAUUAAAGGAUCUUAAAUCACCAUUGAAGUUAAACCUGAAUGAGGGUUUUGAUCCUAAGAUUAUAGAUAGUAAGAUGCCAAGAUUUCCGCACGCAGAAAAGCCCUUACGUUGGAUUCGUGAAAGCAAGGAUGGCUACCAGACGUUGGCUGAUGUCGAUGUUAUCACUCAAAAGGGAGUAUUCAAAACAAUAGGGCACACAAUAAGCAACCGGUACAAAAACUCUUGGACGAUCGAAGCUUGCAAGUAUAAGGGGAAACUUUACUUGAGAUUCCCUACUGAAGAUAAAUGGUAUCGUGAAACGGAGUGGGGUAUGAGGAAUUGUUACUGGGGUGUAAAAUUUGAGGAACAUGCCAUUGAACCGGCUCCUCAUGCUAAAGCGAGCUUCAAAAUGCUGAAAGGCAAGAUUGGUAACAAGAAAAUCUUAUUGAGUGCCGAGGUGGACGCGAUAAAGACGGACGGCACGCUGGUGGAGAUUAAAACAUGCUUUGAAGACAAGCUUACAGAUCAAAAGAUGUGCUUUGCGUGGCUGCAAUCAUACCUGGGAAAUAUUGAUGUCCUGUACUAUGGGUGGAAAAAUAAGCAGGGUGUAGUUUCCAGAAAACCACAGGAGUUCAAGAUGGAAAGUAUACCAGGUUCUAAGCUUUUAAAAGAACCGGUGGCGAAUGCAAUGUUUGGCUUCAUAGGUGAUUUUAUUGAUUGGUUGUACAAUGCCCUACCAGAUAGAGAUGAAAUCUGGUCGCUGGAAUACACAGGAGGGAGACAAAUAUCAUUUAAGUUUCACUCUGAAAAGUUUUUACCAAACUGGUACCUGCAGUUCAUUGACAGCGCAAGUGAGGAUGAAUUGGCUAAGCAAGUAAAGGCCCUUGAUUUGAAAUGUGCUCACUAG